CGGUACAAAAAGUAACUGCCAGUCGCCGAUAUAUCGCCGCGCUGUUCGCAUUAAAAUCCGGGAUACGAUUCGAAUUUUCGUCUUUUGUACGUGGGUUAACUUAAAACAGAAGUCGCCUGCGCAGCCGGCGCUUCUUGCUAGUGUAUGUGAAUAAAAUGAUAUAUUAAGCGAAAAAGUCAGCAACAACCAGAGUGGAAAGUGCAUUGUUUAUUUAAAUUUUCCAAGGCUAUUAGUGUUAAAAGUUAACUCCCAGAAAUGCACACACGCAUACCAACGCAACCGAAAAGUUAAAGCGACGAUCAUUCAUUACUGCUUCUUCUUCUUUUACUCUUUGCGACGUGUUUCGCUUACCUGUCAAAUCGCGCGUGUGUUGGUGCGCUCCAUCGCUCCCUCUCACUCGCUCUCUCUUGUUUUGCACAUGCAAAAAGACAGCAGCAGCAACAACAACAACAACUUCACCUAAGAGCUUUCAAGUCGGAGUUCUUAGCGUCCGCGUCGACUUCGACGUCGGCAGAGGCUGCGCGGCAACUGCGAGCAACUCUUACAGAUCGGGUUUUUUCCCAAAAGCAAUACCUCUCUCAUGGAGUGUAGCAGAAGAAAAAUAAAACUUUGCCUAAACGAAAUGGAUUUAUAAAAUUAAUUCAACUUGUUGGAUCUCAAAUGCAUCGUUGUCGUUAUGCUGUACAGUAAAACAUGGCAAAGUCGACACUUUAUGCUGCUGGGGUGACCUGUCUCGGCUUUGUUUGCUUCGCCUUGGCAUCCGUGGCCAUUGGCAUACCCAUCUGGGGUUACUACGAUAGUCCAUCCGGCGGCUAUGACUUCGAUCGAGGUUAUUUCGGACCGUUUAAGGUCUGCAAGCAAUUGACGUACAAUCGCGAGAAAUGCGGCAACGAUGUGUCCAAGUUUAGGUUAAGCAAUGCGGUUUUUGUCAGUGGUCUCUUGGCCAUUGGCAGCUCAGCUGUGCUGGGGAUCUUCUGCAUUCUGUCGGUCAUUCAACACGCGAUGAUCUCAUCCAGGGAGAAGGUGGUAAUGCCCUACACAACUCUAGUGAUACUAAAGCUAAUGUUGGCGUUGCUGGGAGGUGUACUGGCCAUCAUAGCGACGGUUUUGUUUGCUCUGCAAAUUGAUGAGCAAGAGCGCUUCGGCUUCAAGAUAUCGCGGGGCAUUUCCUUCUACAUUCAGAUCGUGGCGAUUGUAUUGACCAUUGCGCUGUUCGUGGCCGCCCUGUACGAUGUGAUCUACUCGCGCAGUCCGGGCGGAGAUCCCACGAUGGCGCUGGAUGCCUCCUCGCCGGGCAGUGCCACCACCUUCAACAACCCGGGCUUCAAGGAGCCGCGCAGUCGCAACGGCGUCUCGGUGACGGACGCCUCCGGGAAGCCGUACAGCGGAAUCCGGAACGGAGCGGGAACGGCGGGGAGCGUGGCCUCCAUGAGCACCACGGUGACCAGCGUGUCCAAUGGCUCCACCCUCGACUCGGUGACCCGAUCGCCACUGCGGUCGAGCCUGAAGAAGCCGAGACCCCGGCCGGAUCCCACGUUGGGUAUCCAAAAUCCCGGCUACUCCGGAUCCGGCAGCUCGCCACCGAUGCGACGAAAUGGGAGCGUGAAGAAGGUCCGCAUUCAGACGCACAGCACCGAGGUGUAAAAUGGUUUCAACCAUUUAGAUUUAAGUCCUUCAAAAGCAGCAAACGAAGAAAUCAAAACAAAAAAACAAAGACUGUGUACAGUAGCAAAAAAAAAAAAAAAAACACACAAAGAACGCUAAGAUGAGAAACGUUUGCAAGUUUCUCUCAUUAAUUAAUUGAUAAUUCCCAACUGCAAAUUGAAAAUUAGUUUUCAUUUGUCUUCCAAGAAGGAUACAAAUUAUUCAUUUGGCCAAGACCAACAUUUCUGUAAGCAACGGUUUCCGUCCAAGGGCAAGGCAAGAGUAUUUAAUUCGAAUGGAAUCACCCGGAGUAAUUUGAUUUUCUAUAUACCUCUCCAAGUGCCCUUAAGACCCCGCCCCAGUCCCCGCACUUUGGAAAAUUGAUCCACAAGUGUACAAGUGGUACACUGGAAUAGCAACCUAAAUAUAAUUAAUUUGCAAUAUUCUUAUUUAACAGAAACAUAGUAAACGUAAGCAUUAUAAAGCAACAUUUGUAAAAUACAUAAAAAACGAAACGACACAAAUUGUUAUUUAUAGUUAAGUUUAAGUCAAUGCGAAAUGUGCGAGUUUCAAAUAGAUUCGAUAUUUGUAUGUUAUUGUUAGCAAUACUUUAAACUGGAGGCGUUUAUCAACCUAACAGGAAGUAAUAAUUGUUGCGCUAAGUUUUCACUAUUAAAGACACUUAGAUUUUUUGCUAAGCUUGUUUGUUUAGUUUUUUGUAACCUAAUUGAAAAAUGUGUUUCAUGUUUUUCUCUGUAAGCUAAGAAAAUACUUAAUAAAUGCGAAAGAGAACAAAAA